UGCUGCUGCAGCUGGAGCCUGAAGAGACAGAAACUGCUCGGAGUGAGAUGUGACCGGGAUGUGUGUGUUGCUGGAGCUGCAGUGAACGACCGAAGAAUAACUGGACUGUAAGUGCUGUACUGGCUGCACUGAGUGUGAGAGACCCCGUAGCUGAUAGUUCUUCUAGCAGUUUAUUUAUUACACAACUUUGAGAGCUGCACUGUUUGUUGGAUAGUUAGAGAUAGCUACAACCUGUCAGCAUGUGAGAUGCUUGUACAGGCUUAGGCUACAACCUGAACCCCAUUAUUCUCGAAGUCUACAGCUGAAAAUCCGGAGCCACAGUUUGCACCUGCACCUUGAAACAGCAGGCUGAACCUCAGAAUCACAGUCUUAUCUCUUAUAUUACUGCCUGAACCCCAGAACCACAAGCUGCGCCCUGAGACUACAGAUCUUAACGCAGAAACAAAGUCUGAUUCCUUAGAAUACUGCCUGAACCCCAGAAGCGCAUUCUGAUCCCUGAGACGACACCCUGAACCCAAGAACCACAAACUGCACCCUGAGACUAAAUCCUGAACCCCAGAACCACAAGAUUUACCCUAAGACUAAUGCCUGAACUUCAGAACACGAAAUCUGCACCCUGAGACUAUAGCCUACAUCUCAGAACGACCUACUAUCUGGGAUUACUAACUGAACCCCAGGGCUGCACCCUAAUACUGCAGACUGAAAACCUAGAACAGUCUGUGCCCUUGGACUACAGCCUGACCCACAGUCAACACCCUGAUAUUUCAGCCUGAACACCAGGACCACUAUCCUAAAUUUUAGACUACAUCCUGAACCCCAAUAACCUAGUCUGAGCCCCAUAAAACAGUUUGACUCCUGAAAAUACAGUCUGAACCCAAGAAAUACUAUCUAUCCACUGAUACUACAGACUGAACCCCUGAACACAGUCUGUACUCUGAGUCUGCAGCCUGGACUCCAGGACCAAAAUCUGCUCAAACCCUGAGAUUACAGCCUGAUUCCAGAAUUACAGGAAGAAGCCCAGGACUAUAUUCUACAGACCACACUGAGGAGGGGAUCCAGGAAUCUCUGCAGUCACAAAACUGGAGGUCUCUGCAAACAGAAACUUGUGAAACUGAUUGAUGAACGUUUACCAGAACCUGAAACCUUGUUCCUAGCUGUCAUCCUUUGAGUGAAAUCCGCACAUUUGUCAACAUGGAAGGAGAUAGUUUGAGCUGUGUCAAAUACCUUAUGUUUAUUUUCAACUUUUUUAUAUUUCUUGGAGGCGCUUGCCUGCUUGGCCUUGGUGUGUGGGUCAUUGUUGACCCCACCGGAUUUCGGGAAGUAAUUGCUGCUAAUCCAGUCCUGUUCAUGGGCGCCUAUUUAGUGCUAGCAAUGGGGGCUAUGCUGUUCCUGCUUGGGUUCCUGGGCUGCUGUGGAGCAAUCCGUGAAAACAAGUGCCUGCUUCUGUUUUUCUUCAUGUUUAUUUUCGUGAUAUUCCUGGCAGAGCUUUCAGCCGCCAUCUUAGCUUUCCUGUUCCGUGAACAACUGAGUAGAGAAUUCUUCACCAAGGAAGUGAAACGACAUUACCAUGGAAGCAACAGUUCAGAGGUGUUUUCAACAACAUGGAAUUCCGUUAUGAUCUCUUUUGGCUGCUGUGGGGUGAAUGGACCAGAAGAUUUUGAAGAUGCUGUGCGGUUCCGGUCGCACCAUCCGCAUAAAGUGGUCCCUGAGGCUUGCUGCAGGAGGGAGAUCCAACAACGGGACGGGGCCAUUACAAGCAAGGUGGACUGUCUUAUGGGCAAGGAAUUUUACCAGAACAGACAGGGAUGUUACUCGGUCAUACUCAACACAUUGGAGCCCUAUGUGUAUGUGGCUGGGGCUCUGGCAAUUGGCGCUUUGGCAGUUGAGCUUUUUGCUAUGGUGUUCGCUAUGUGUCUGUUCAGAGGCAUCCAGUAGUUGAUACCUACAAACGAAGAAUGUGCCAAACUACAAGGGUGUCCAAAACUCCACAACUAUUGACCCUGAAUAAUCUGAUGCUUACAUUGCAAGAGGAAAGCUAAGCCAUGUGUACUUGCUGUGCCUGUUACAGUAAGGUGUGCACUGGACAAAGAACAUUUAUCUGCUUGUGACUGAAGCAAAUACCUUUUUGGAUUCCCUUAGUGUUCACCCCACCAUGUACAACAGAACAAAGAAGUUGUUGGCAAAACUAUGCUUUUCAUGUGGAUAUAACCCUGAACUAUAGCACCGGGGACAGAGAACAGCGGACACAAUCGUUAUUGGGUGCUGCUCUGGUGUGAUGUGUAUAUGUGUGUGUGUAAUGCCUUAACACUCUUGUCCAGAACAUUGCUCACUAAAGUGGUGUGAAAUAUCACUAUUACUAGGCUGUCUGCACAAUCCAUACAAAGCUACGCCUCGUCUUAUAUUGUGUUUUUAAGCAGACAUUAGCCAGUGAUGUCUAAAAUGUCCAUGACUGCUUGUUGUCUCAAUGUCCUGGUCUUCAAGUGUAUACAAAUAUAUAUUUUUAAUAAUCUCAUCAGGGACAAGACAACUAUUGAAUUGCAGAGCUUUGUACCAGAAAUAUCUAGGGUCCCAGCUUAUGCCAAACUGGUAUAUUUCAUUUUAUACUAUGACUACUGCUCUCCUGUGACGUCCCCUCCUUGCUGUGAUAUUUGCACUUUGCCAUGCUUGGUAGGGGUCCAGAAAAUCCUUAUUGUACACUAACUACUUUAUUGGUAUAAAACCUGAUUUCUAAUGAAUGCUUUUUAUAAGACUUUUGUAACAAAGUGAUUUAGAGGUAGUUGGUAGGAGAAAGGCACCACUGCUUGUGUCUAUAAGGACACAUUACUUACUACCCUCACUGUUUUUGGCAAUGCAAUGUCCAUGCACUUAUUAGGCUGGUGUUUUACAUAAUUUUGUAGCAUCCCCAUUUUUACUGCUGUGUGCCUUAUGCUUAGACAAAAUAAAUGGGCUGUAUAAUUCAUCCAACUAAUGUUUAUAUUCACCUUUUAAGCUGUACUUAGAUAAGACAUUGGUUUGUUCUCUGUAAGACAUAGCCUGCCCACUCUAUUUAGGAACAAAUAGAUACCAGUAUCACACAGACAGUGAGGACUCUAUGCCAUUUACAUUACAGCCAACAGAAUGCCCUUCUGAAUAGCUGCACCAAACCUUGUAGAAAAGCUGUCAAUCUCUUGAGACAAUUCUCAUGCAGGAAAAUAUCACUUUGUAGGCUACUUUAUUUAAAGGGACAUUCUGAUGCAAAAUUACCAGAAUGCCAUUUUUAUAUUACUGAUCCUAGAUAUGUUUUUUAAACCUGGCACAGUGCUUGUAAUAAUUGCAUUAUAAUAUCCCUUUAAACUUUUUUUUACUGUUUAUUAUGACACUGUUACAUAAUGCCAAUGCGUUAUAUAUACAGAGCCAGCUGACCACUGCCAUUUCCCUCCCAUAAUCCUUAUGUUACCCAUUUUGAAGGAAAGGUGCAGAUUUCCAGUUAAAUAUCUGCUGUGUGUGCAAGUUCCGUCCUUGUGCUUCUAUGGUUUGAUACAAUGUUGCAUAUGGGAACACUCAUCCAUUGCAAAACUUGUGUAUAAAUACAUAUGGGGGAGCACACAAUGCACCCCACACUUAACCCUUUCUCUGUCACAUGGACUUGCAGGUAAAGAGGUUACAGAUUUCUUUGGCAGUCAAAAAUGUUAAUGCGCUGUUUUGUCACAGCACAAUAUGACAUCUCUAGAGCUGUGCUCAGAGAUCUGUGACCAUGAUGGACACGUGACUUUUGUAAGUGGAAACGUUUGUUUGUAUUAUAUAGUGAAGCUACUGUGUUCUGUGCAAAUUUGCUACUGUUAUAGUUUCCUUAUGACCAUAAGUCUGUUUUUUCUAAAAUUGUUGCGCAGGGUAAGUGCCCUUCUGUUGAUAAAAAAAUCAAUAAAAUGUGAAGUAAAGAGA